CGUAUGUCCAGUCUGGCUCUUCACAACACGCCUAAAACUACUUAAAUACGGCUUGUUGAUCACAGUCAAGCCAUAGCAAUCACUUAUUCACGUCUUCACUCAUUCCUGACAACGUUACAGUUUUCAGGUAAAAUCUUAUAAACGUUCGGCAGUUUUUUCUUCUCCAACUGCUAAGCAGACGGCUUUUUUUCAAAAAGCUUAUUCAAUCAUUUAUCUCCUCAUAUUCUCGUACAGCUCUAUUUAGUGCCCAGCUCUUUGCUGUUCAGGUCGCUGUAUACACUUUCUCUGUUUUUAUCGAGUCUCCACAUUUACCCCACUCCUUGUCGCACUCUUUUCGCUUUCCCCGCAUUUUCUUGUCGCAAUUACCUAAGCGAGUCGCAUAUUACGGAAACCAUUUUAACCGUUUUGAAUUGUUAACGCUAACGAAAAACAAAUCUUUUGAACGUCUUUACGAUUAACGAACUUCUACGAUUCUUUUCUACGAACUAUCUUUUCUUGAAUAAUUUUUUACUAUGGCAAUUGACAAGUACAUUCUCGUUACCGGUGGUGCUGGCUACAUUGGCUCUCACACUGUGGUCGAACUCAUUCAACGCGGCUUCAAGGUAGUCGUCAUCGAUAGCCUUGUCAAUUCCUCUUAUGACGCUAUCGUCCGUGCUGAGUAUAUCGUCCGAAGCCCCAUUCCCUUCUUUAAAAUUGAUCUUCAUGACAAGGCUGCUCUGAAUAAGGUCUUUGACGACUACGCCAUUGAAGGUGUCAUUCAUUUCGCCGCUUUCAAGGCUGUCGGUGAGUCGGCCCAAAAGCCUCUCGAAUACUAUGAGAACAAUGUUGGUGGUGCAGUUGCUUUGCUUGAAGUCAUGAGUACCCAUGGUGUUAAGACAAUUGUGUACAGCUCCUCGGCCACCGUGUACGGUGAUGUGUCGCGGUUUAAGGACCAUAACUAUCUUCCCAUCAACGAGAAAUGCCCGACUGAUCCUGUCAGCCCGUAUGGUAAGACCAAAUAUGCUAUUGAAAAUAUCAUUGCGGACUUGCAUUCCAGCGAUAACUCUUGGCGUGGUGCUGUUCUCCGUUACUUCAAUCCAAUUGGUGCACAUCCAUCAGGCUUAUUGGGUGAAGAUCCGCUUGGGGUUCCCAAUAAUUUGCUGCCUUAUUUGGCUCAGGUCGCUGUUGGAAGACGCGACAAGCUGAAUGUGUUUGGUAAUGACUACGAUAGUCGCGAUGGAACGCCCAUCCGUGAUUACAUUCAUGUGGUGGACCUUGCCCAAGGCCACGUCGCUGCUCUUGAGUAUCUGAAGACACUCGAACAAGGUCAAGGACUGUACCGUGUAUGGAACUUGGGCACGGGUAAGGGCAGCACCGUACUUGAGAUUCACGCAGCAUUCUCUGCGGUCGUUGGUCGCGAACUCCCAUACAAUGUUGUUGGUCGACGUGCUGGCGAUGUCCUCAACUUGACUGCUGAUCCGACUCGUGCUAACACAGAGCUGGGUUGGAAGGCCAAGCUGACCGUUGAGGAUGCGUGUCGCGAUCUUUGGAAAUGGACAAUGGAGAAUCCCUAUGGCUUCCAGGUGAAGAACUUUAAGUGGAGCCUCUUUAACGAUCCCGGCGCUGAGGUUAAUUUUGCUAGUCGUCUGAACACAUUCACUUUUGGUGAUUUCAGUGUGACUAUUGCCAACUACGGUGCAACCAUCCAGAAUAUCGCGUUCAAGGGCCGCACAGUUGUCACCAGCAUGGAUAAGCUCAGCUUGUAUCAAUCGGACGACAAUCCGGCAUUUGGUGCUACGGUGGGCCGUUACGCCAAUCGUAUUCGCAACGGCACUUUUAGCAUUGACGGUGUGACUUAUCAUACUGACAAGAACUGGCGCGGUCACACUAUUCAUGGCGGUUCUCGUGGCUUUGGUCGCCAGUUCUGGCUGGGUCCUGUCGCCAAGAGUGAUGAAACGCAUGGCACCUUGGAGUUCUUGAUUUAUGACAAGGAUGGCAGCAAUGGUUUCCCUGCAGAUGUAAUUGCUACAGCAAAAUUCACUGUUGACGAGAAAUCGCUCCGACUUGAGAUUGAAGCCCGUAUUCCCGAGUCGUCACCGAAGGAUGUCACGGCCGUCAACAUGACUAAUCAUGUCUACUUCAAUCUGUCUUCUGGCGAGACUAUUGACGGCACGAUUAUCAAGACGUGUACUGAUACAAUUCUGGAGUCCGAUCCAGACUACCUUUUGCCUACUGGUCGUGUCAUUCAGUACAAGCAGAAGCUUUCCGAGUCCGUGGACCUUCAGCCCUCCAAUCCUAUUGACAAUUGUUUUGUUGCAAAGGUAGACGGAUUCAAACUUGAUACUCGUGGUGAUGAGAUGCAAACCAUUGUCGAGGCACAUCAUCCCUCUACGGGCUUCAAGCUUACAGCUGCAACAACUGAUCCUGCUUUCCAAAUUUACACUGGUGACUUUGUGGAUAUUGGUCCAUACAAGGCUCGCGCCGGUUUCUGUGUUGAAGCGCAAAGAUACCUGGAAGCUAUCAACAAUGAGCACUGGAAUAAGCAAGUUAUCUUGCGCAAGGGUGAGGUUUAUGGUUCGGAUACCAUCUACACUUUCUCUGUUUAAAUCUUUUGAGGAUAGUUUUGAAUGUGACAGUUUAGAUUACGAGGGCUUGAGAAGUCCAUUAAAGUUAUUUCUUGCUGCAAUGAGUUUGAAUAUGAUAAGUUUCUUAUAGCAAA